GUUUCUUGUGAUUCCCUUGUACGCGCAAACUGCUUUUUUUCCUUCCACAGAGGCAAUGCGCCCACCCAUGCGAUGCUAGCCUAUUAGCUGGAGAGAGAGGGGGGAAGCAGUGAGAGAGGGAGAGAGAGAUAGGUUUUAGAGCUGGAUUCUAGGGGAGGCUAAUUUACGAGUCUUGUUUUGCCUUUCAGGAAAAGAGGAGAUAAGAGGGGGAGGGUGGUUGGUGAAGGAGAAUGCAGCAAUCACAUUUUUAAGCAUGCAGACGCGGGCCGUUUCCGGUUCUUAGGCUGGUGUGUCUCCCCAUCCGAGGCCAGCAGCCGUAUGGGGAAAGAAGCGGCAGACACAGAUGGCAUGGACACUUCCACAAGGUCUGCCGCUCAGCCCUGCCUGCUUUGCCGGAGCCCGUUCGCCGCCGUCUCUCUCUUCCAGCUUGCUCCGCCACCCAGCAGCACUGCAGCACAGCACAGGCUGACGGCAUGAGGCUUGAUCCAGUGCAUUUCUCCAUGCUGGUCAUCGGGGUCUCCUUUGCCUGUUACGCCCCGAGUCUCAACUCCCUCCAGGACCAGGCGUACCGAUCAGCCGUGGUCAUUGAGGGCGAGGUGCGCUCCUCCCCGGAGAACGUCUCCUCCCGGGAGCCCUACAGUGUGAAUGUCAAAGUGCUGGACGUGUGGCCCGUCAACAGCGGCGGCCUCGAGAGGGAGCAGCUCGUGACCGUCGGGGACUUCGGCUCCGAGGCCCCGUGCACCACGGUGGAGAAGGACCACAGAUAUAUCUUUUUCAUGGACCCGACCGCCGAGCCCCUGGUGUUUAAGGCAUCUUACGCCCCUGUUGACACUAGCGAGCCGGAGCUGAAGAAGGAUGUAGAGAGAGUGUUGUGCGAGGACUGCGCCUCUGCCCCUAAGCUCCGGCUGAUGCGAGGCCAGUCUCUGAUGGAAGGGGACAAGCUGUACUUGAAGUGUGAGUCGUCAGGAAACCCCAGUCCGUCCUUCCGCUGGUACAAAGAUGGACACGAGCUUCAAAAAGGCAGAGACCUAAAGAUAAAGACCAAUAAGAAAAACUCAAAGGUUCAAAUCAGUCGUGUCCGUGCAGAAGACUCUGGUAACUACACGUGUGUGGCUGAAAACUCAGUAGGACAAGAAAACACUACGAGUAUAAUCAGCGUACAGAUUUUGACCACCACCACCCCGUCUCCAGGUGUGAGUCAUGCGAGGCGCUGCAACGACUCAGAGAAGGCCUACUGUGUGAAUGGAGGAGACUGUUACUUCAUAAAUGGUAUUAACCAGCUGUCAUGCAAGUGUCCCAAUGACUAUACCGGGGACCAAUGUCAAAACUCCGUCAUGGCCGGUUUCUACAAGGCUGAGGAGCUUUACCAGAGGCGUGUGCUGACGAUCACAGGGAUAUGUGUGGCGUUACUGGUGGUCGGCAUCGUUUGUGUGGUGGCCUACUGCAAAACCAAGAAACAGAGGAAGAAGAUGCACAGUCACCUACACCAGAACCAGAAUCCGUGUUUGGAGCAACCCAGCCGCAAGCUGGAAAAUGGACCCAACCCCCCUGGACCUGGUCCGGAGGAGAUUCCAAUGGUUGAUUAUAUCUCAAAGAGCGUCCCAACAACAGAGUGUGUCAUCAGCCAUGGAGCUGAGGGAGCAGGCAACUACGCAGGGAGCCGAAUGUCUACCCGCUCUCACCACUCCACUACUGCCUCACAUGCUUCCAGACAUGAGGAGCAGACGUGGAGCAUGGAGCGAACAGAGAGUUUGAACUCAGAGUGCCAGUCGGGUGGACUGUCCAGCUCAGUGGGAACCAGUAAAUGCAGCAGCCCAGCAUGCAUGGCGAGGAGGGCCGCCCACUGGGGCUGCACGGAUGUGUCCGGACCAGGGAUGCAGUAUGGGGAUUCCUACGACUCCCUAAGAGACUCGCCUCACAGUGACAGGUACGUGUCAGCGCUGACUACACCAGCUCGCCUGUCUCCCGUGGAGUUCCAUUACCCUCCCUUGCCACCCCAGGUACCCACCUUCCAGAUCACCUCACCAAACACAAGCCACGCUCUCUCCCUGCCUCCUGCCGCUGCAGCCUACAGCAGAGAAGACGACCAGCCACUGCUAAGAUGCCCCGAUGACGGCAGUCUGUACAGGCAGCCCCGGCGUCCCAGGCGACCAUACCUGACGGAGAGCACAGGAAGUCUACCAUCGAGCCCUUACCGUCUCCCUGAUGACGAGGCCUACGAGACCACGCAGGAGUACGCCUCCUCACGGGAACCCAUCCGAAGCCGGCGUCGCCCGCGACGCAACCGCCUCAAUGGACACAUCUCCCAGCGUUCAGCAGGCCUACGGGACUACAGCUCACAGAGCUUUAGCCAGUCAGAGGAGGAGGAGGAAGAGGAGGAGGAAGAGGACGCUCAUGGGGAGAGCACACCUUUCCUAAGUAUGCAGAACAUGAACAUGGACCCGCCUUUAACUGUACCCGGUUACCGCUCAACAUCUGGUGCAGACACACGGACUCACCGUGGGAUAAGUCGAGUGGGGACACGCAACAACGGGCAAAGCCGUGGCUCUCAGUCACAGCGCUCCAAGGCUGACAACAUGCCCCUUUAAGACCAAACAUUUCCUCCACAGUUCACCUGCCCUCUUCACCUCACACACUCCCCUGGCUCCUACACACAAACCGUGGACUUGGGACCUGCACCUAGGAGAAAUAUUUUUAUUUUGUAUAACAGACAGAAAUUCUAAACAAAUGAAAUAUUUAUUUUCAUUUCAGCAAAAAUUGUCUACUGGCUAACAGCAAAGACUUUUUAUAAUGGGGGGGAUAUUUAUAUGUAAAGUUUUUUGAUUUACAGCAUUAUGAGAGAUGAAAAAUGAGAGAAUUAUGUGCCAAUUUUUUCACAAGUUAGAUUAAUAGAAUAAUAUUGUGGUGCCUUUUGCUGUAUGCUGAAGUUGGAGGUCCCAUUGAGUUUUUGUAGCCUUUCGUAUAAAGACUCCUCGUUUUUAUAGAGACAAACCCUUUUCCUUCCUUUUACUUUGUUUCUUCUCUUAUUUGGGAUAUUUCCCUUUUUGAACUGUGAUCUGAUUAUGUCAUCAUGCAAUAUUAAUUCCUUCUGUGUAAAAGGUGUCUGUUUACAUGAGAAUGAUCCAUGCAAUGCACUCCUUUCACAGGAACAUCAGUCACUGACGCAACCGGAUGUGUAGGGUAGUUUUGAUCAUUUUGGAUGAAUCACAUGAGUUAUUUAUGUCCUCAUUCCCUGCCUCUCAGUCAUCUGUUCUUAUUCCUUUCAAAACAAGAGUGUUAAGAGUUGUGAAGGGAAAGUGAUUCCAAUUUCCUGUGUAGGUGUUCAGGGUGAUACCAUGACAUUGGUGGUGGUUGCAGUAUGUAUGUUUGUGUGUGUGUGU